CACCUGUGAGAACAGAAUCAAACAGCAGACGGGGAACUGACCAGUGGCCCUUUUUGGAUGUACGCAAAGUUCCGUUCUUUUGCCGUGCCCAAACCGCGCCGUAACGUGUGUCCCAAGACUGACAGCUUGCAGGAUGGGAGAUGACAAAAGUAGAGUAGCAUGGCCAGGACUGCAGCAUAUUGGCCAUCAACGGAGACCAUGAUAGGCAGGCCUCGCAAGUGGUUGAUUAGGUCAUGAUUGCUAGUAAACAAUCAGCCGCCUUGCUUCCAUUGCGUUUAGGCCUCACUGCUUCUGCACCUGCUACUACCUGCCAACUGCUGCAGAGCGCUGGCCGUCUGUACACCUGCCGAAAUACACCAGUAGAUAGGUAUCUGGGUGAUAAUGGGCGUCGAUACGCGCCUGCUGUAUGCAAAUGCGCUGUAGGGAUACAUGCGGUUGCCUUGGGCGAGCGAGCGGUCAAGGCGGAAGACCGAAUUCGGGAGGCCGGGAUCCGUUUCCAACAUGCGGUCUCCCUGUCGCAGAGGUCAGACGGGGAGCGCAAGACGUUCGUUUCCCAGUGUUUCUCCUCUUCGUCGUCUCGAGCCGAACCGCUGAACCUUUUCCCAACGCCAGCCACAUUUCCGCACUCACCAAGGUCUGUAUUGUGCCUGCGAGUGGUGUGGAACUCUUGGGUAGCACAGUUUUGCGCGGACGCCUGCAGUGUUCUUGUCCUUCCACACUCUCACAGUUUCGGUUGGGCUUCACCAGAAACCUGAUGGAGGGUACCUAAUCGAUUAGUCCGUUGAACAUCAGAGGCUUGAUCAUUGAGAUGUGCCUCUCAUCCUGCCCAUUCCGACCUCUUGUGCUUCCCAGGCUAGCGAAC